AUGUCUUCGUCUUCCGACACAGAGCUCGAAACGUCGUCCUACACAGAUUCUGAAACGUCGCCCGACACAGAGUCUGAAAUCUCAUCGAACUCAAUCCCUGAGUCAGAAAUGAUUUGCCACGAGUCCUUGUUUCCAGCCUCCUUCAAUCGCUUUUGCAAGUUUCGAGAAGAGUCGAAAGGGAUUGACGUUGUGAUUAAAUCUGGCUCGCUUCGAUUCGAAGCCCAUAAACUCGUCCUAGCGUCGGCCAUUCCGUAUUUUGAGGCACAUCUAAUGACAUCAUGGAAAAACGGAGCAGAAAUUUCCCUUGAUAUUCCUGGGGUCGAUCCAGAGAUCAUCAUAUCAGUGAUCAAGUGGGCAUACACUGGCGAAAUUGAACUUACAAAUGAAACCGCGCAAUCCAUCCUCGUCGCUGCUCAAUAUCUCGGAUGUGAGCAAGUGGUCACAGCUUGUUUCGAUUUCAUUGAGCGCCGCAUGAGUACGGAAAAUGUCCUCGAUGUUCUUCAACUCGCUGAGAGAAUUUUCCGACCGGAUUUGGAACGUCGGGCACGACAGUACAUUGACCGCUACUUUUGCGAUUUUUACCAACUUCCUGUUUGGACAACCGCGCCAGCUAAAUUAGUUAUGAGCAUUCUCGGUUCUUCUGAUCUUUAUGUCAAGGAGGAGGCAACUGUCUGGUCCGCCUUUAAAAUCUGGCUCGAAGCGAACCCAUCGUGUGAGGACAAGCUCGUUCAUGAGAUGCUUAGUCAAGUUCGUCUGCAUCUGCUUCCUCCGCAAUUCCUUCAAGACGAGGUUCUUACCUUCGACUUGAUUUCAAGCAAUGCCCAAUGCUGCGCAUUGAUAGAUCAGGCCAAGGAACCCAAAAUGAAAAAGCGGAAACGAAAAAUUUCCCAGGUCAACAUGGUGGGGAACGGGAAUGAUGCUGAACGAUUGAAGCCGAGAUGGUGCUCGCACUUGGAGAAUGACAUUUAUAUUUUGACAACGUGGCCUGAAAAGAUUGAAAAUGGCUGCGGAUUCUUUCAGGAAAACUAUCAGUUCGUUCGUUUUGAUCCAGAUUCAAAGAAAUGUAAAACAAUGCCUCCGAUGAAACAUUGUUGGACAGAAUUCGGAGUGGCCGUCUUGGAUGGAAUGAUCUACGCAAUAGGUGGAAAUUACUCCGGGAAGGCUGCUGAACGAUUCGAUCCGAAAAAGGGCAAAUGGGAAUCCAUAGCCAGUAUGAUUAGCGAACGAUAUUGGCCGGCAUGCUGCGCGAUGAAUGGCCGCAUCUAUGUGUCUGGUGGCGGCAAGACAUCACCCGUAAACGAAUGUUACGACCCGGAGAAAAACAUUUGGCAAGAAAUUCCAUCCAUGAAAACAUAUCGAAGCUCUGCAGCAGCAGCUUCCUUCGAAGAUAAAAUGUAUGUCACUGGAGGUUAUGGCGAUUUCAGUGGAAUUCCACAUUUAGACUCUGUCGAAGUCUUUGACGGAAAGAAAUGGACCGAGGCUCCCCCAAUGCUGAGCCCUCGAGCUGGUCAUGGAAGCCUGGUCUUCCAAGGCCAGCUUUGGGUUAUCGGCGGUGAAACUGGUCCCAAUCCUAUGAGAGACUGCGAGCAGUUCAAUUUCAACUCUCAGCAAUGGACACGCGUUCAGUUUCGAGAAGAGUCAAAAGGGGUUGACGUUGUGAUUAAAUCUGGCUCACUUCGAUUUGAAGCCCAUAAACUAGUCCUAGCAUCGGCUUUUCCGUAUUUCGAAACACAACUAAUGUCAUCAUGGAAGAACGGAGCUGAAAUUUCCCUUGAUAUUCCUGGGGUCGACCCAGAGAUCAUUAUUUCAGUGAUCGAGUGGGCUUAUACCGGCGAGAUCGAACUUACAAAUGAAACCGCGCAAUCCAUCCUCGUCGCUGCUCAAUAUCUCGGAUGUGAGCAAGUGGUCACAGCUUGUUUCGAUUUCAUUGAGCGCCGCAUGAGUACGGAAAAUGUCCUCGAUGUUCUUCAACUCGCUGAGAGAAUUUUCCGACCGGAUUUGGAACGUCGGGCACGACAGUACAUUGACCGCUACUUUUGCGAUUUUUACCAACUUCCUGUUUGGACAACCGCGCCAGCUAAAUUAGUGAUGAGCAUUCUCGGUUCUUCUGACCUUUAUGUCAAGGAUGAGACAACUGUCUGGUCUGCCUUCAAAAUCUGGCUCGUAGCGAAUCCAUCGUGCGAGGACAAGGUCGUUUAUCAAAUGCUUAGUCGAGUUCGCCUGCAUCUGCUUCCUUCAGAAUUUCUUCGCGACGAGGUUCUUACCUUCGAUUUGAUUUCGAGCAAUGCCCAAUGUUGUGCAUUGAUAGAUCAGGCGAAGAAACCCAAAAUGAAAAAGCGAAAACGAAAAAUUUCUCAGGUCAAAAUGGUGGAGAACGCAAUUGUAGGUGAACGAUUGAAGCCGAGGUGGUGCUCGCAUUUGGAGAAUGACAUUUAUAUUCUGACAACGUGGACUGAAGAGAUUGAAAAUGGCUGCGAAUUCUUUCGGGAAACCUAUCAGUUUGUUCUUUUUGAUCCAGAUUCACAGGUAAAAUUUUGUGUGUCAAUGUCGUUUAUCGAUAAGAAAUGUAAAUCAAUGCCGCCGAUGGAAAAAUAUGAUUCAAAUUUCGGACUGGCCGUCUUGAAUGGAAUGAUCUACGUACUUGGAGAGAUUGCAGAACGAUUCGACCCUAAAAAAGGCAAAUGGGAAUCCAUCGCCAGUAUGAUUUGCAAACGAUUCUCACCGGCAUGCUGCGCGAUGAAUGGCCGCAUCUAUGUGUCUGGUGGAAAUUCGAGAAGGGAAGAUCCAUCACCCGUAAACGAAUGUUACGACCCGGAAAAGAACGUUUGGGAAGAAAUUCCAUCAAUGAAAAUGUAUCGAGAAUCUGCAGCAGCAGCUUCCUUUGAAGAUAAAAUGUAUGUAACUGGAGGCUAUGACAGCUGUGGUCUAUAUUCUCCACGGUUCGACUCUGUCGAAGUCUUUGACGGAAAGAAAUGGACGGAGGCUCCCCCAAUGCUGAGCGCUCGAGCUGGUCAUGGAAGCCUGAUUUUCCAAGGCAAGCUUUGGGUUGUCGGAGGAGAAAACGGUCCCCAUGUGAGGAGAAGUUGCGAGCAGUUCAAUUUCGAUUCGCAGCAAUGGACACGCGUUCAGAAAAUGAAUUUUGGGCGAUUACAUCCCGGCGUUGCUAUGACAGGAAACCGACUUUUUGUUUUGGAAGGUGACCGCGGAAUUGGCGAUUCUUUCGAAAUUUUCGAUCCUGAAAAUGGCUGGUCUUCUUCGAAUUUUAAGUGUCGGAAGCCAUCAAGCGCCUGUGUUCAGGUGGCUGCUAUUCCUAAAAACUGCUCUGUCCUGCGAUUCUAA